ACGUGAUCACAAGCAGGAAGUGAAUUGCCUGUCAAAAAAUACGUAAGAAAUGACAGACUGGCACCUUUCUCUGAAGCUGGUGGAUCGGCCCAAGUCCACCUUCCACUUCCCAGAGAUGAUGCCAGGAGAUGUCCCCCCUGGAGGAUACAGAGUGGCCACCUUGAAGCAGCUUGUUGCAGCUCAGCUCCCAGAUUCUGUCCCAGACCCUGAACUAAUAGAGUUGGUUCACUGUGGCCGGAAGCUAAAGGAUGACCUUACGUUGGAUGCCUGUGGGAUUCGGCCAGGAUCCACUUUACAUAUUCUCAAAAAAACGUGGCCAGAGCCAGAGAACAGUCCAGAGCCUGUAAACAGAGCGACUGCAGCCAGGGAGUUCAGGGUGUUUCAUGCUGCGCUUCAUUCUCUCAACUCUGCCUACAGAGACUCUGUUUAUAAAAUGCUGACAAACAAAGAGUCUCUGGAUCAGAUCAUUGUAGCCACACCCGGGCUCAGAUCGGACCCCAUAGCUUUAGGAGUUCUUCAAGAUAAAGACCUAUUUGUGCAGUUCACAGACCCCAACAUGCUUGACAUAUUGAUCGGUUCACACCCGGCCCUGGUCAACGCCAUCAUCUUGGUCCUGCACUCGGUGGCAGGCAGUAUGCCUGCUCAGUCCAGCGCCAGCUCUUCUCGCAAUGUUUCUGCCAGCUCCUACAGCGACAUGCCAGGAGGCUUCAUGUUUGAAGGUAUGUCAGACGACGAGGAAGAGUUCCAGUCUGGGAGCCCAGCAGGUCCUUCUAACCGAGGUGGGCUCUCAGCAGGGAUUCGUCCCAUGUCUCUGGGCCACAGCGGAGCAACAGGCCCUCGACCUAUAACACAAAGUGAGCUAGCAACUGCGCUGGCCCUCGCUAGCACGCCCGACAGUAGCGCUGUUACACCAACGACAGCAAAUCAGGUGGACCCCUCCAGUGGUUCAGCCCCCAUGCCAGCUGGCACACCAGUCAGUAAUGAUCUCUUCAGCCAGGCUCUACAGCAAGCUCUGCAGGCCUCCAACAUGUCAGGUCUCCAGAGCCGUUGGCAGUCUCAGCUGCAGCAGCUCAGAGACAUGGGGAUACAGGAUGAAGAGCUGAUGCUGAGGGCGCUGCAGGCCACAGAUGGUGACAUCCAGGCUGCCCUCGAGCUCAUAUUUGCUGGAGGCCCAGGUCUCUAGGACCAAACCCCAAUGGACAAAGCCCGAUGUAAAGAAGAGCACAAGGAAAACAAUCUGUCCGAUGUGCUGCCUUCUAUACUGUAAAA